AGAUCUUCAAAGUAAGUAAACAAACAUUGUCAGAACAUUCAGAAGUAACAAACAGUACAGAAAAAGAAAGAUGGCCCAAAUUAGGAAAUGUCUUCAAAUUUCUACAACUAAUACAAUAGCCUUUUCAAUCUUGGUCUUGUUCAGUCUUACUGGUUUCUUAGAAGCAGACCUUCAACGCGGUUUCUAUAUGCAGUCAUGCCCCAUGGCUGAGUUCAUCGUCAAAGAUGAGGUUCGACAAGCAUUUUUCAGCAACAGGGGAUAUGCUGCUGGCCUUGUCAGGCUGCAUUUCCAUGAUUGUUUCGUUAGAGGAUGUGAUGCAUCAGUACUCCUUGAUUCAACUCCAGGAAACACAGCCGAGAAAGAUGCACCAGCGAAUAAUCCCAGCUUACGAGGGUUUGAUGUCAUUGAUAAUGCAAAGGCUCGAAUUGAAAAUAUGUGUCCAGGAGUUGUUUCGUGUGCUGAUAUAGUAGCAUUUGCUGCUAGAGACAGUGUUGAAAUGACUGGGGGAUUUGGCUAUGAUGUUCCUGCAGGAAGAAGAGAUGGUAGGGUUUCCCUAGAAUCAGACAUCAAGAAGAACUUGCCUCCAGCAUUUGCAGAUGCUGAUCUACUCACUAAAAUAUUUGCCAGCAAAGGAUUAUCACAAGACGAGAUGGUUAUCCUAUCUGGAGCUCAUACCAUAGGCCGUGCUCACUGCACUUCCUUCACCGAUAGACUAUACACUUUCAACUCAGCAACAGGGCAAGACCCCAGUAUGAACUCGGCUUAUGCAGCUCAACUGAAGCAGCAGUGCCCAUCAGGAAAUGCCGGUGCCAACAUUGUGGUCCCAAUGGAUCCUAUCAGUCCCGUUGUUUCUGACACUGCUUACUACCGAGACAUCCUGAACCACCGCGGUUUGUUCACAUCAGAUCAGGCACUAUUGUCAAACACUGAUACUGCAGGCCUAGUUACUCAGUAUGCAAACAGUCCAGGGCUUUGGGGAAGGAAGUUUGCUGAUGCUAUGGGUGCCAUGGGUCAGAUUGGUGUCCUAACUGGUGAUGAAGGGGAAAUCCGAAUAAAUUGUAGGGUAGUUAAUUAAUGGAAUGAAGAAUGAAGAUUAUCUAGGUUGUGGUAGACUGAUAGGUGAUGAAAUAAAGCAAUGAAAUUGCAGUAUUAUAUGGCUUUUACAGGACAGUUUUUAAUGUCUGUAUAUGUCUGAUUUAAUUCCCCAAAGCUAUUGUUCUUUGGAACCAGUGACUCUUCCUUUAUUACUA